GACACAAGGGAGAGAAAGAGAUAGGAGAGAGAGAGAGUUUGUGUCAUGUUAAAUGGCAUUAGACCUGUCAGGACAAAAAAUAAAAUAAAAUAAAAUAAAAAACCAUUUCAUAACCACCUUCUUCUAAUUCACCUUCCUCUGAGUUCCCCCCCUCUCAGAAAGAAAAAAAGGAGAAAUGUACCUUUGAUCUCACUUUCAUGGUUCUUAGUGCUCAUGAUUCCUUCACACAAUCCAAAAAACAAGAAAGACCCAUAAUUUGCUUCACAAAAAAGUUCAGAUCUUUGUGCCUUCUCACACAAAAUUUUCAUCAUUAACAGUAUGAGGGACAUAGUAUCUUGUUUCAGUGAAAACGCAGUGAAUGUGUCUAAUUACACUUCAUGUUCUUCAAGCUACGCAUCAAUCAACAACCCUUGCAUCAUUAACCAAACAACACUUUCUUCUUCAUCACCUUCAAUCCAAAACUCAGUUUCCAGUGUCUACAAAUUGGUCCUCUCCACCUUGAAGCAGCUCUUGUUCACUGUCACAUGGUGCAGAAGCCACUCCAACCAAGGACUCACCAUAAGCUUCGGUAAUAAUGAGGUUCAUGACCCUUCAUCAGCACCACCAACGUUUAGGCUCAACACAAAUUCAAGGUUCUUUAGGAAGAAGAAAGGAAGCAAAUUGAUUGAGUUAUGUGAUGAAUCAUCAUCAAAGAUUGAAGUGUUUUGGGACCUGUCAAAUGCAAGAUAUGAAUCUGGGCCUGAACCAGUUGAAGGUUUCUAUUUGGUGAUCGUUGUUGACUCAGAAGUAGGCCUAGUCCUCGGCGGCGAUGCGGCGGAGGAAUUCACCUCAAAGAAGCUCAAAUCGAACUCCAUGGUAACAAAAACAUCGCUGCUAUCAAGGAGAGAGCAUUGUUCAGGGACAACACAGUACACAACAAAGGCUCAAUUCUGUGAAACUGGAACAUUUCAUGACGUGUUGAUAAGGUGCACCAUGGAGAAUGAAGAAGGGGUGCACAGUAAGAACCAUCACCACCACCACCCUCACCCUCACCCUGUUCUCUCUGUUUGCAUUGAUAAGAAGACAGUGAUCCGCGUGAAGAGGCUUCAGUGGAAUUUCAGAGGGAACCAAACAAUUUUUGUUGAUGGGUUGCUCGUGGAUUUGCUUUGGGAUGUUCAUGAUUGGUUCUUCAAUCCAAAUGCAAAUGCAGGUUCUGGUUAUGCAGUGUUUAUGUUCAGAACAAGAAGUGGCUUAGAUAGCAGGUUGUGGUUAGAAGAGAAGACACCACACAAAGAUAAAGACAGAAUUGAAUUCUCCUUGUUGAUCUAUGCCUGUAAGACCUCAUAAGCUAAGGCAAAACACUAAAUUAUUUCUUCAUCCUAAUUAGAACUUUUUUUUUGUUUCUUUUCAUUUUUGUUAGUCGGAUCCUAUUAUCAGAAAUUCGACUAAUGCAAUUCAAAAAUUGGAGUAGUCACUUUUUAGUACAGGUUUUUAAUUUGAAAUCUCAUCACUUGACUUACCCGGUGAUGUUGGAUUUUUUGUUAAUUUUUAUCAAGUUCUUAGUUCUUAGUGAGUUGUUUGAAAAGGAAAAAGAGGAACUUGCUUUAACUCUAGUUUUGCCUUUCAAUCUUAAAAGGGUACACAGUCAUUAAUGUUCUCAUGGGAAAGAGGAAGACAACAGUUUUAAGAGUUACAGAAAAUUUAGUUAGUGUUUAUGACAACAGAACUCGGAACAGUUAGCUAUUAUUCUGCAGUAAACUUCUGUUUGUCUAAAUUUGUUUUCCCUUGGGACAUGUGAGAUAAUGAUUCCCUUGAAUGUUGCAAGAUAUUAGAGUUCUGUCAUUGGAGAAAAAUAUCCAAAUUCUUA